CAUUGUUGCGCUUUGGGAAUGGAGGCGAUCAAUUUGGAUAAUCUGGCUGAGCAGAACGCCCUGACUAGUUUUACAAAAAGUGAUUUCUUGAUUUUGGAGAUUUCAUUUUAAGACAGAAAUUAUUUUUUUCCUUAUGAUAAUGAACUUUGAACAUAUUUACUAGCCAACUGGAAGGCAACCUCAAAUUUCUGGACCUCAGGAACGAUUAAGGGCUCGUCAGCCGGUCAAUGGUCGUGGUGCGAGCCCUUUGGUCCGGCAAUUUUUAACCUAGGCCUCACGUGGGAGAAAGGACAGCCAGACAAUAAAGGCGGCAAUGAGAGCUGCAUCCACUUUCGCAAGAUUUUGAAUGCAACAGGAGCAAUCUUAUCCGACAGGAACUGUGCUAACCAUUACAGUUUCGCGUGCAAAUCUCUGAUCAUCAAACCUCCUACGCUGUGUGUUGCAUCUUGUCCAACUAAGAGCUGCCAACGAUUAUCUCCUCUGUUUGAUGUUGAAGGUAAUCUAAUAGUAUAUCUCAGUUAUGGAGAGUGGUACGAAGGAUGUGGACGAAUGUUUUUAAACUUCACCAAAAGCGCGGAAAGCUGGACCGCAGCUCGGGAUAAAUGUUGCGAAAUCGGUCUGACCCUGGCCUCGAUGGAGUCUGCUGGAAAAUUGAAUUGCUUUUCUAAACUCAUCAACAAGGGAAAUGGUGACUUCUGGCUGUCUGGAACGGACCAGGGUUGCCCCUCAAAAUUCCGGUGGUGCUCGAGGGAUCGGGACUUUGUCUCCCCCGAAAUCAAGUGGAAGGUUGGCCAUCCAAAGGCAGGUCUUGCCUGCGUUUAUCUCGAGGUUAGAAACGGAACGUCCCUGCUUGCAACAGCCGACUGUGCAGAACAGAAAAAUCCGCUUUGUGAGAUUCGAAAAAAAGCCACUCCCAACGUGGCUAUGGAGAUGGAAUGCGCAGAAAUCUGGAAUGUGCCUUUAGAACAAAUUGACCUGCUUUUUAACGUGACUGCCUUCCUUGCGGCAAGCGUCUCGCGGAACCUGAUGUGCUUCAUAAAAUGCGUUGGGUCUGAAAUGGGAUUGUUUGACUUUGGAAAGGCAAUGAGCAUGGAAGUUUUGCGGCAAAUAGAACUGGUAGCCCAGGAAAGCCCUGUUUUGCUUGAACAGGCAAUGGCUGCCUUCCUCCAGUGCAGCGCAAUUAAGUUGAAUGAUGAUUGCACGACUGCCUACGAAAUGUACAAGUGCUGCCAACAGAAGGUGCCUAGCGUGGUUUCGGCAAUAAUCAUAAGAAAUUAUGAUAAUAGAUCAAUCUCGUCCCCUCCAAUCGGUUGUGUUCCCGCGCGCCGACGUUGUUGGCUCUCAGAAAACUAUCCCUGCGAAGUCGAUCAAACUGCCGUAGAUGUGUUGAAUACCAAGAAUUUUGAUAGCCAAGGAAAAAAGAGAAUAGUGCAAAACAUAACUUAUUAUGUUGGCAACUUUGAUUCUGUUGGACUUCUUAAUCCAGUGGAAAUAUACAAAAAAUGCUGUUCCUUGGGAAUGAAGCUUAUGGAACCUGAGACCAAGGAGGAUUAUAUGUUGAUUAGCACUUUCUUUUCGAAUUACGUUUCGUCUCCGGUGUUCGUUGGCGAGACGGAGUUCAUCAACGCGACGCACGAGGUGUGGUGCAACAGCCGCGCCAUUUUGCAGGAUACUUUCUACGGUGUGGCGUCAGUCAGAUAUUCCUGCGAAGAGUCGAUCAUUCUUUUGGAGUCUUCUCGGCAUAUUCUAGUUUCUUCCUCAAAACUGAACCUCGCUGACAAUUAUAUGAAUCCGCAGAAAUACGGUUACAUCCCAAAAUAUGUCUUUGGCUACGUCUGCGUGAAAAAUCCAUAGAAACAAUUGUUUCUCGUCCAUUUUUUAAUCUUGGCAUCGUUUUCUUGCGUGAAAAAUGAGUUGUGUGAAUUAAAGCGGUG